CCUCCUUCUUUUUCCCGGCGGCUGCCGAAGAUGGCGGAGGGGCAGGUCCUGGUGCUGGACGGCCGCGGCCACCUCCUGGGCCGCCUGGCGGCCAUCGUGGCCAAGCAGGUGCUGCUGGGCCGCAAGGUGGUUGUCGUACGCUGCGAGGGCAUCAACAUCUCUGGCAAUUUCUACAGAAAUAAGCUGAAGUACCUGGCCUUCCUGCGCAAGCGAAUGAACACCAACCCCUCCCGGGGACCCUACCACUUCCGGGCCCCCAGCCGCAUCUUCUGGCGGACCGUGCGAGGCAUGCUCCCCCACAAGACCAAGCGUGGUCAGGCCGCCCUGGAGCGCCUCAAGGUGUUUGAUGGCAUCCCGCCCCCCUACGACAAGAAAAAGCGGAUGGUGGUGCCUGCAGCCCUCAAGGUCGUGCGCCUGAAGCCCACGAGGAAGUUUGCCUACCUGGGACGCCUGGCUCACGAGGUUGGCUGGAAGUACCAAGCGGUGACGGCCACGCUGGAGGAGAAGAGGAAGGAGAAGGCCAAGAUGCAUUACCGCAAGAAGAAGCAGCUCAUGAGGCUACGGAAACAGGCCGAAAAGAACGUGGAGAAGAAGAUCAACAAGUUCACAGAGGUCCUCAAGACCCACGGCCUCCUGGUCUGAGUCCAAUAAAGACUUUGUUGCUCAUGCUUGGCCUGGCCUGCCCUUCCUCCAUCGCCGCCAGGGUCCAGCAUUGCUACUGGCCUCAAUGCACACAGGCUGGCCAGGGGCAGAGCCGGGCCAUCUUAGCAAAGGUUCGCAGGGCUGAGCUGGAACCCGCACUGCAGGGCAGGCCCCGUUGCGCCUGGGGGGGCUGAGGCCCACCUGAUAGCCUGAUGGUCCCCCAUACUCUGCAGCUGGUAGAAUGGGAGGAACGGCCUGGGCACUGUGAGCUUGGUGUUGCACAAGGUUACAAGGUUAUUUAUUGAAAAGUGGGCAGCUGGUGGGUCACAGGUGCUGCCUCAUGACUUCGUGUUCUGUGACCAGAAUGAAAAUAAAUUAUUUUUUUAAACGUG